CAAUUAUUAUUUGUUAUGUAUACACGAACGUGCAUUGAAACUUUAUCUGUCACUCGGCACCGUGGCUUAGUUGGUUAAAGCGCCUGUCUAGUAAACAGGAGAUCGAGGGUUCGAAUCCCUCCGGGGCCUGUGAUAUCGUCCUUUAUUUUUUCUAUUUUCCAACUUGGUCGGAGGUAGAAUGGAUGGACGAAGCUUUUUGCCAGACCUAAAUAUGAUGCGUAAAACUGUUUUCGUACACUAUCUACCUCGUCUACGUUGCAGCCGGGGUGCGCGAUCGAUAUGGGAAUGUAACAAAACAGAGUUAUAUAGUUCCAUAGUAACGAACGCUGGGGGAAGAUCAGCCUCUGAAACGUCAUCGUCGACGGACGUAAUAUUCGUCGAAGUAGAACCGAAUAGAAUAGAAGAUGGGGAACACAGAGAGCAACGUAGCGAGCGGAGUGAAGAAGCAAACGGAUGCAUCCUCCAUUUUACUUUACAAAUUGGUCGAUCUGAAAGGAGGCGGCCUGUUGGUCGACAUGAUGAAGAGAGCCACGCAGACCAAGCAGUACGCGGAAUUGGAUCAUGCCCUCAGAACGAAAGUGGAACCGUAUUUGUACAACAAGGGUAAAGGGAAAUGGAUACCGAUCGAGAAAUUAGUCUUGCUACGAAACAAGGACCGCCCGAAGCAUAAAAUGCUUCCGCCGUUGAGAGCCAUGGAGAAUCCGGCCGACUACGACAUAGACAAGGACAUGGGCAAAGACGAAGUGGAUGAAACUAAAAUAGAUAAGAGCAAGUACAGAUUAGUUUGCUGGAGCUUGAGCGAGAGAGGAGCAGUCGGAGAAACGAUUCUACAUCUGUGUAUGCUGCAUGCGACCGCUAUUCACAUCGAUCUGGCUAAACGUUUGUUACGCUUUUAUCCGAAGCUCAUAAACGACGUGUACAUCAGCGACGAAUAUUACGGAGAGAGCGCAUUGCACAUCGCUAUAGUGAACGAGGAUCCGGCUCUGGUGAAAUUCCUUUUGGAUAGCGGCUCGGACGUGCACGAAAGAUGCUUUGGAAAUUUUAUGUGCCCCGAGGAUCAAAAGGCCUCGAGGUCGGACAGCCUCGACCACGAAUGGGUCUCCGUGACUGCGGAGACGAAUUACAGCGGAUACGUUUACUGGGGCGAGUAUCCUUUGAGUUUCGCCGCGUGUCUGGGACAGGAGGAGUGCUACAGACUCAUACUGGCCAGAGGAGCUGAUCCGGACAAACAGGACACGAACGGAAACACCGUGUUACACAUGUUGGUCAUUUACGAGAAAUUGGCUGCGUUCGACACGGCUUACGAAAUGGGCGCCUCGUUGGCCAUUAGGAACCUUCAGCAUCUGACGCCUCUCACGCUGGCCGCGAAAUUGGCAAGGAUCGAAAUGUUCUUCCAUAUAUUGAACAUUGAAAGGGAGAUAUAUUGGCAGAUCGGAAGCAUAACGUGCGCAGCUUAUCCUCUGUCGCAAGUCGAUACCAUCGACGCCUCUACAGGAAGCAUUAGUCACAAUUCCGCUUUGAACCUCGUAGUAUUCGGCGAAAAGGACGAACACUUGGAGCUGAUGGACGGCAUCUUGGUCGACCUUUUGAACGCGAAGUGGAACACUUUCGUCAAAUCCCGUUUUUAUCGCCAAUUUUUCCUCUUUUGGUUUUACUUUCUGUUGUCGUUGAUCAGCUUUACCCUCCGACCCGGCCCAGCGGCUACCGUCACCGAAAAGAAGAACGACACCGGGUCUCCGAAUCCGGAUCGAGGGAAACCUGUUCGAAAUUCGAGUCUGUUCUCUCUACUCGACAGACUCGUUACGACCGCUUUUGCUACAAAUUUCAAACCUCUGAACGUGACCGCGGCGCAUUUCGACGAGCUGAGAUUCAACAUCGUCACCGAUCUAACCUCGACGCUGAACAACAUUCUUGCGAGUGAAAACUAUGUCUUCGACUACUCUUACGAAUCGUCUCUACAUUCUCGUACGGUCGAACCCUACGAGGACAGAGGCGACGAGCAACGAUCGAUGAACUAUUUCAAGAUCAUGAUCAACGAAUCCCUCGCUUACGUGAAUUCCACGACGAGAUUCCUCGAUGUCGUGAACACAUCAUCGCCGUUACCUCGUGACAAUAACGAGCACGACUGGUACGUCGCGGUUGGGCGACGAUCCGUCCGACUCUCCGAUGAUAGCUGGCCAAACUGUAUUUUUUUUACCGGCUCGUUUGUCGUUGAAAUUAGGUGGAACGACCUCACCGAAGAGUGCAGGCUGAUGCAGCUGACCACGUUCUCAACGAAGAUUCGACUGACCGCCGAGAUCGUAAUGGAAGUCGCAGCUGCUCUUUACAUCGUCGCGGCGCUCAGAGAAGCCAGAUUCCUAGGCUUGAACAUGUUCGUUGAAAAUCUAAUGACUGCACCGUCGCGAGUAAUGUUUCUAUUCUCCUGUUGCAUCCUACAGACUUUUCCAUUCUUGAGAUUGAACUGCGCCGAUGAAGUGGAAGACAUGUUAGCGGUGGUCGUAAUGUUAACUACGGCACCGUACUUUUUAUUCUUCUGUAGGGGCUUCAAGACCGUCGGUCCGUUCGUUGUGAUGAUCUAUAGAAUGAUCAUGGGCGAUCUGCUGCGUUUCGUUUCCAUCUACUUGGUAUUUGUGAUGGGAUUCUCUCAAGCGUACUACAUUAUAUUUUUAUCUUUUGAUAAUCCUAACACACCGGAGGGGGUCGACGAUUCGGUGAGCAAUCCGAUGCCAUCGCCGGUAGAAAGUAUAAUGGCGAUGUUUCUAAUGAGCAUGACGAACUUUGGCGAUUACUACGGCGCUUUCGAGAGGACGGAACACGAAAUGGAAGGAAAGUUUAUGUUCGUGGUAUACAUGGCGAUUGUUGCGAUUUUACUUGUAAACAUGUUGAUCGCCAUGAUGGGAAAUACGUAUCAGAAAAUAGCGGAAACAAGAAACGAAUGGCAACGACAAUGGGCGCGUAUCGUCUUGGUGGUAGAAAGAGGUGUAAGUCCACAGGAAAGGUUGAAGAAAUUAAUGGACUAUUCGCAGCCGAUGUCAGAUGGUCGAAGAGCGUUGGUACUUCGCCUGAGUCAAUCGGAAGAGGAUAAAGAAGAGAUGAAGGAAAUUUUAGAAAUGAAAAGAACUCACGACAGAUUGUGCAAAAAUAGGCAGAUGAAAGCAGCGAAAGAAAAGUCGAUAACGUCCGAAGCUCACGAAACUGUAAUUUUAUAAUUACAUCGUUUGCGAUAGUCC